UGUCCCAGUAAGUGAUGGAGCUGGCUACACUGAACCUCAGCGAGGGGAACGGGAGCGAUCCAGAGCCUCCCACCGCGGAGUCCAGGCUGCUGUUAGGUAUCGGCGUGGAGAACUUCAUCACACUGGUGGUGUUUGGCUUGAUUUUCGCGAUGGGCGUGCUGGGCAACAGCCUGGUGAUCACUGUGCUGGCGCGCAGCAAACCGGGUAAGCCGCGCAGCACCACCAACCUGUUCAUCCUUAACCUGAGUAUCGCAGACCUGGCCUACCUGCUCUUUUGCAUCCCCUUCCAGGCAACCGUGUACGCACUGCCCACGUGGGUGCUGGGCGCCUUCAUCUGCAAGUUUAUACACUACUUCUUCACUGUGUCCAUGCUCGUGAGCAUCUUCACCUUGGCCGCGAUGUCUGUGGACCGCUACGUGGCCAUUGUGCACUCGCGGCGCUCCUCCUCCCUCAGGGUGUCCCGCAAUGCGCUGCUGGGCGUGGGCUUCAUCUGGGCGCUGUCCAUUGCCAUGGCCUCGCCAGUGGCCUACCAUCAGCGCCUCUUCCAUAGGGACAGCAACCAGACCUUCUGCUGGGAGCACUGGCCCAACCAGCUCCACAAGAAGGCUUACGUGGUGUGCACUUUCAUCUUUGGCUACCUGUUGCCCUUACUGCUCAUCUGCUUUUGCUAUGCUAAGGUCCUUAAUCAUCUGCAUAAGAAGUUGAAGAACAUGUCAAAAAAGUCAGAAGCAUCCAAGAAAAAGACCGCACAGACAAUCCUGGUGGUGGUUGUGGUUUUUGGCAUAUCCUGGUUGCCCCAUCACAUCGUCCACCUCUGGGCUGAGUUUGGAGCAUUCCCGCUGACCCAAGCUUCCUUCUUCUUCAGGAUCGCUGCCCACUGCCUGGCAUACAGCAACUCCUCAGUGAACCCCAUUAUAUAUGCCUUUCUCUCGGAAAACUUCCGGAAGGCAUACAAGCAAGUGUUCAAGUGCCACAUUCGCAAGGAAUCACUCCCCAGUGAUACCAAAGAAAACAAGAGCCGAAUAGACACCCCACCAUCCACCAACUGCACUCACGUGUGAAGGUUCACUGGGGCCUCCUGUUCCCCAGCUCCCAUGUGGGUUAGAGAGAAGAGAAUCCAGUGAACUAUCAUGAAAAACGGCAGCUUGUUUUCCUGACAACAAUCAUUCUUACUACAUUCCACGGCUGUUAAAGUAUUUUGUUUAGGAACUCCUGGGUCCACUGAAGAUUAUUUUCCAAUUUUGCUUCAUUUUAUAAUUGUGAAAAUUCUGUAUGGUUUGUGUCUUUCAAGGAGUGAGAGUCCAAUAGCAUUCUACAAAUAUGUUCAGAUCUCCAUGGAAUAAGGCCAGUUCUGUAAAACAGUGAAGAAUAUUUAAAAUCUACAUUUUAAAGGCAGUUAAUUUAGUGGAAAAGUUCUUUUUUCCCCUUUAGUUUUGAGAGGAGAGCCAAUAUUCUAGGCUGUGUGUUUUGAAAUACAGUUGUGGUGCAGAAUAGUGGAUUUUAUUCCAUUGAAACUUCAUGGACAGGCACAUCUUCUAAGUGGGGCAGGGGGGGUGGCUUUUCAAGUCUGUUCUUAUGGGUAGCCAGAGGUCUGUCUGGGAACAUGAAACCCAUCACGUUCAUCUCAGGAGAUCAGCAAUGCCUCUACUUUGGAACAGUCUUGUGAACUGAGAAGUUUAGGGUGAAUUAAGCAAUGCCCAGGGACUCUGCUGAGGACCAUUGAUCUGGAAGAGGCACCAGAGGGUGAAUCCUGACAAAGGAAACUCUGUGUUGUGAGUGAAAACAAAGAAUCACUUGGGAGAAUAUGUAUGCCUAGAGAAAUGCUGUCUUGCACAGACAUUCUUUUUUUCAUUAAACUUGUCCCAACAAUUGUUUAAUGCUCAUAUUCCCCAAACAUUAUUCCCUGGGGUAAUGUUAAUUUAGAGUCAGAAUCCUUUCCAACUUGUCUUACAAGUGUCAUUUUCACAACAAUUUCAUAUUUAUUUAUACUUGCCAUAGGAAAAUGCUGUGAAAAUAUUGCAUUGUCAUAUCUCAGAAAAAUAAUAUUAGAGUUAAGACUUUGAUAUAUUUUAGGAGAUAGAAAACAGAAGCAAGACACAUUUGUUUUUUUUUUUUUUUUU